AUUGACCUACUUUUAACAAUGAGUGAAUGACAGUCUUAGAUAAACAAGAUGUCUGCUGGAAGCAGUGCCCAGAACAAGAAAGACUUUGACAAGUUUACAAAGUUUUUUAUUUACAAAUGUGUGCAGAUUAUUGUCCAGUCUCGACUUGGAGAAAAGAUUAAGAGCCGUUCUAAGCAUGUUUCUUCUGGAUCUGACUGGUUCAACAUUGCCAUAGCUGACAACAAUGAGGUUGAAAAAGAAGCAAAGAAAGUGUUAUCAAAUCAGACAUCAACACUCGGACAGACUGUUUGCAUCGAGAUAUCGCUACAAACCUGUGAGGGAGACACAAUGGUUCUUGAAAUCUGGCAUAUCUCCUUAGACAUAAACCAGUGCGAUGUUGGGGCUAAAGUUUCCCAGGCAGGUUACUACAGAAUGGGAAUCGCCCUGAAAUCCUUAUUGAGUGUAACACGUGUUACUCCUGCUUACAAACUUUCCCGGCGACAGGCUUCCAAUGACUACGUGAUCUGUUAUAGAAUUUAUCUAGGGGAACCACACUAUAUGUUUUUAGGUGAGGACACUAAUAAAUCUAAAGUAGGAUCAGUACCAACACCAUUCGGAACAAUCAGCAUUAAUCUGUGUUAUCGAACAAAACUGCUAAUUUCUCCACAAAACACACAAAAGGAGAUUCCAUUCGAAAUGAAGCACGAUCAUUUCAAACAAGACCAUAGCCCUAUCCGUAAUCAUGUGAGACCAACAACACCAAAACCAUGUGCAUUUGGACAUAAAAGGGAGAGCAUUCUUGACUCGGACUCAUCAGGGCUGCACAGUGAAGAGUACUGUAAAACUACAUUCUCCACCAGUCCAUGUGAGAGCCCAAGAAUUAUUGGUGCCGACAAUGUGGUCCCACAUCACCAGUCGCAGCCUAUAAAAAUCCACUUGCCUGGGAGCUCACCAGUUGGUGACCGAUUUCCAGAUUUCAAAACACAAAGCCUUACGCUAAGCUCACUGUUCAGUGCUCCAGAAAAGCCGUCAGGAUUCCCGGCAACCCAUCGAGUUGGUGCAUUCGCAAAAAAUGCCAUAGACAAACAGAGCGAAUCUUCUGAAGAUGUACCAUUCAUGUCCUUAUUGCAACAAGUCAAGAAAGAGCGGGUCGACAAAGUUGAUCCCAAGAACCUCUCUGGGUCAAAGGGCACGUCAAGUUCCAAAACUGAGAGCUCCAAAGCAGACACAGUUGAUUCAGUGUUGAGCGAGUCAAAAACAAGCACAAGUAGUCAGCACUCAGCGACUGAUGACUUUGUCAUGGUGGAAUUGAAAACUCCCUUUGGAGUAUCGGAUAGUAACACAGACUUGGGUAAGUUCUACCAGGAGUGUCAGAACGCCCCGCCCCUCUGUACAAGUGAGGAGGAGCAGACGCUGCCCGAGACACUAGAGAAAAUCACCAGCCAGCUUAGCGAGUUUGAAACCCAGAUGAAGGACUUUGACGAUUUCGUUGCAGAAUUGACUGUCGAUGCUGGUGCUGAUACGUCAGUGGACAGUGUUGCAAAGAAGUGAAAUGUUUAGCAAUGCGUUGUAUUAAAGUAUUUUUAUGCCUGGUAGUGAAUCACCAAUUAUGUCUGGUGUAAAAAAAAGGUACAAAAUGAUAACUUAAGAUUUAGUAGAUUUAAAAGUAUGAAACUAGAGCUACAGAUUUAUCAGAAUUGAAUUUUAACCAAUGAUUAUAAAGCUCAAAUCACAUGUUGCAAGGUUGUAAUUUAUAAUUGAAGGAAGUCAGAUACAAUGUAUAGUGUUUAUGUUUUGAUACUGUUGUAUUAACUGGCCUGUUGUCUUAAAACUGUGAUGUUCUGUAUAUCUUUUUAACUUUUAAGAUUAGAAUGGCCAUUAUUGCUUAUCUAAAAUGUACUGAUUUUAUUGGUUGUUUAGCAUACUUGACCCUGGGCGUUUCAGUUUUUAUUGAAAGCCUUCUGUUAUGAAGUCUUUCUAGAUGUUUUGUUUUCAUAUAACAUCAAUAAUUUACAGGCUUUUGCAAUUAAGGGUCUCACAUUUCUAUUUGUUAUAAAUAUUUAAAUGAAAUGGGAUAAAAGAAAUAUUACCGUUUAAGUGAUAAAAGCUUUAUCCUUUGAAGCGCUUCAGUACAAUCCUAUUUUUAAAACAUUCUUUUUGAAUGUUUAUAUCAAGUGAGCAUCCAUUUUGCUCAUUUACGUCAUAUCCUUACCUACUUUUUGUUGUUAAUUAAUUGUGAGUUACAAUCCAAUAUAUUUAUAUGACCUUAUUUAGCGAGACAACAAGUUAUAACAGAUUAAACAAAUUUUUAAGAUAAUUAUUCAAUGCUUUUGAUGUGUAAUACUGAUUGGACUAUUAUAAAGCAAAAAGCUAUACUUGUUAAAUUUCAACUUUGUUUAAUUUUAUCAAUGUAAAAAUCGUUGUAAAGAUUCAGACUUUUGUGAAUGUUUUUUCGUCAAAAAACGAAACGAUUACCUAUAAUUGAGUAAACAUGAUACCUUUUCUACCAGUGAUAUGAAAGAUAGGAAUCAUCUGAUAAAGAAACAGCUUUUUUUGCAAUAAAUAAUAUCUGGGUAAGUGUUGGUUAUUGUUGCGAUAACCUCCUGUUUGGAGUCCCUGUGCAUAGAAAUUAAAAUGUAAUGGCCAUGGUUUGAUAACAAGCAUUCUAUCAAUAAAGCGUUUGUUAUUACUGCAACAAACAACACACUUGCCCAGACAUAAUAUUGAUAACACCACUGAUAAAAACUUAUUCAUUAUUUUAGUACUAUUUUAAUCUUUAUUCCAUCCUUUUUCUGCCAAAAACAUCAACAUAUGAGCUUCUAUUUCGUCAACAAGCCAAACAAUUCAAAAUGAUGUCAGCCUAAUUAAUAAACUUUGAGUGCAUAAUCCAAGGGGAUAUCAUAUGUAUUGUUAAAUAUAUAUCAAACUUGAAAGCAAAUGUAAUUGGUUUCUUAAUACCACAUGUUCAAAUGUGGAAAGGGCAGACUCAUUAUUAAAAUGAAACAUGUACAGGUACUUGUAUUUUGGAAUUAAUUUUGUACCUCCAAAUGAUGCUUUAAGGUUGCAUUAUUCUGAUAUAUGUGAGUCUUUUAAUAUGAUUUUGCAUUUAUGCCAUAAAAUUCUUGUAUAUGUAUUUAUUGUUAUUUAUUCUUAUUCAAUAAAUCUGUUGCAUUGAUUAUUAAAAAAAUUGUCGUUUUUUUGUAUGUGUAGUGUGUUAUGUUUUUCAUGAAGACAAAAAAUUUAAUCAGGGAUGUAAAUGACCAUGUUUAAUCUCAUUAUGGCUUUGCAAUUAAGAACAACAGUUUUAGACUUGAUGUACAAUGCAUUUGUUUCCAUACAUGAAAUAUGACAAAUGCAGUGUUUCUGUGGAGAAACUCAAUUAAUCGUUUAUUUGCAGAUUGUGAGCAAUAGAAGUAGCAUUUUCUCCCCAAUCAAAAUGAAACUUGCCAAGAACAUUUAGGCGGAUGAUAAAUAGGCUGCGUUCUAAAUGGUUCCAUGAGUUGACAAACAUGGCUGCCAGGGGGUUAUGCAGUUUUCCUUAUAUGGCUAUACAUGUAGUCAAAUUUUGCAAAACUCUAGAGGUCUCAUUUAAUGCCCAAUCUUAAUGAAACUUGCCCAGAAUGUAUUGCAAUCAUCUCUUGGUUGAGUUUGAAACUGGGCCACAUGGGGUCAAAAUCUAGUUAACUGGGUAAAAUUUAAGAAUAAGUUUGUGAACUCUAAGAGAUAACAUUUAUUGCAGCAUCUUUUUGAAACUUUAGUCAAGACAUAUGUACUGUGAGAUCUUGAUGGAGUUAGAAACUGGGUCACAUGGCAUCAAAAACAAGGUCACUGUGAAAUUAAAGAAAAAAUGUGUGAUCACUUUAGAGGCCACAUUUAUUUCUGAAUGUUUAUGAAACAUGCUAUAUUGGUUGACUUUGAAACUAGGGCUCAAAUUUAAGGAAAUGCUUUUUACUUAUAAGACCACAUUUUUAGCUCACCUGAGCACAACGUGCUCAUGGUGAGCUUUUGGGAUCGCCUUUUGUCCGUCGUGCGUCUGUUGUGCGUCUAGAGGCCUCAUUUCUUGUCCGAUCUUCAUGAAACUUGGUCAGAACAUUUGAUGAUACCUCGACUAAGUUCGAAACUGGGUCAUGCUGGGUCAGAAACUAGGACACAAGGUAAAAAAAUAGAAAAACCUUGUGAACACUGUAGAAGUCACAUUUGAUGCCAAAUCUUCAUGUAAAUUUUGCCAAAAUGUUUGUCUUAAUGAUAUAUUGCUCGAGUUCAAAAAUUGUUCUGGUCCGUUGAAAAACAUGGCCACCAGGGGGCGGGGCAGUAUUCAUUGUAUGGCUAUAUAGAAACCUUGUGAACACUCUAGAAGUCACAAUGUUUGCUCAAUCGUCAUGAAACUUGGUCAAAACAUUGGUUUUAUUGAUAUCUCGGAUGAGUUCGAAAAUGGUCCAGAUCGGUGAAAAAACAUGGCCGCCAGGGGGCGGGGCAGUUUUUUCUAUAUGUAUAUAGUGAAAACAUUUGACACUCUAGAAGUCACAUUUUUGGUCCAAUCUUCAUGAAAUUUUAUCAGAACAUUUGUUUCCUGGAUACGAUGGUUGAGUUUGAAAAUGGUUCAGAUCGGUAAAUAAACUUUGCUGCCAGGGGGGGGGGUCCUUUUCCUUAUAUUUAUAUACAUGUAGUAAAAAAGCUUGUGAACACUCUAGAAAUCACAUUUUUUGCCUAAUCAUUAUAAAAUUUGGUCAAAACAUUGGUAAUGUGGAUACCUCGGACGAGUUUGAAAAUAGUCGUGAACAUUUGAAAAACAUGGCCAUAUUAACAAAGGAUUAUUAUGUUGAUGAUUGGUUGGGGAUGAAGUGCAACAAACGUAUUUUUGCCAUCUGAAAACCCUUUAUUAAUAAUCUCAAAAUUUUAAGUAGUAAUACAGUAUUGAUUUUACAGAAAAUUACUUAGGGGGGAAACAACUGUAUAUAACAGUUUAGUCAGGCCCCAAAUUCCUGUGCUGGCCACUUUUCACACAUUUUGUUGCAUGUAUUUUAAUGACCGCAGACCAAUGAAAUAACCAUUAGCCACAGCAGGUACCUCAUUAUCUCUGACAGUUCCUUGAUGGCUUACCUAUUGUUUACAGCCCUUUGCAGUGAACAGCAUGGAACAGCAAUUGCUAUACAGUGGUAUCAUUAUAGAGAUAAACACAUAAAUAAAUCUGUCUGGCAUUUAUUUUCGUAUAAAAAUCAGCAUGCUGACUGCAUAAAAAGAACAGAUUACAACAUUGAAGCAAGCUCUUGAAAUAGCAAAAUUAUGUACUUAUAUAUUUCCAAGAAAGGUUUAUACAAUAUAUAUAAAUUUAAUGGGCGUGAUAUUUCAUAUUUCUUAGCUCUAAGUACAGUGAUGCCUGAUUGAACUUACUCAAUAUGGCUAUUAUUUAACUUAUAACUAUCACAUAGUCCCAGUGUAUAUUAUGAAUAUCAAGAAGAAAAAGUAAAGAUAUGUACGUAAAAAUAUCCUUUACAGCUUAGGCAACAACUGUUAUCAAAAUUCAAUUAUAUUGAUCAAUAAAAAAUAGAUUGAAAUAUUCUCCAACUUUACUGUUGAACACUUAUUGACAAAAAACUAUUGUGUCUAUAUGUACACAUAUCAUAUCAGAUAUACUUUGUUCAAGAAUUAAAGAGAUAGAGAAAAUGUACUUAAAACCAACUAUUUGCGAUACUUAUGAUAUUAAAUGCAGCUUGUAUUUGAGAAUAAAUUUCACAAUUAAAAUGCAUUUUAGUUUUGCAUCGGUUGUAAAUAAAGAGUAGAAGCGUAGAGGAAUUGUUUACAAACAACACUUACAAAUGUGAAUAAUUAACAAAAACUAAAUGAAGUAUGAAAUUUCAUUUUAAAUCAUGAAUACAGAUUGAUAUACUAAAGUCAUGUAGGCCUACAUGGAUGAUAUGUGAAAUACAGUAUUAUGUGAAAGUCAGAAAUACCAUUAUUCUAAUUAAUUUUAUAUACAGACGUUCGUCAUGUAUGAUAUGUGAAAUGCAGUAUUACUUGAAAAUCAUAGUAUCAUUGUUCUUAAUAACUUUGAAUGGAAAAAAAGUGAAAACGUAUUUUAAUAAUAGAGCACACUUAAGUCUGUACUACCUCUCAGCACUCGUCCUCUUUUGAAGAUUUUACACUAAAUAAUCGAACUAUAAAGCGCAAGUUAAGUAUGUACACCCGUCUGUAUGAAGUACUUUUAUUAUUUUGAACUCCACCUUCUCAGAAUAGUUUAAUUCCUUAGGGUCUCAGGUGAGCGCCUUAGGGCCCAUGUCCCUCUUGUUUACCAAAGUGUUCUGAAACUUGGUCUGAAUUUUUUAAAUUCUAAGCGAGGCUUAGAAAACAAAAAGCACGAGCCUUGGCGAGUGCUUUUUCGUUUUCGUGCCGAGCAUGAUAAACCUGAUCUAUAAUCAACGCUAACCUAUUAUUCUAUUUAUCCCACUUUUUUUAUUCAGUAAACCUUUUUAUUUUAACAAAAUUAGUUUUCAUGAGUGUUUUGCGUACUUUGAUAAUGACUGUAUUGUAACCAAGGUCAGUGUAUUACUCCGCGUUCCAAAAAUAACCGCUGAUCAAAUUGUCAUUUUAAAAAAAAAUCAGAAUAUCAUUCUGUGACAAAGAGUCGUGCGUUACUAAUAACAAUUUUAUUCAUAUUGAAUUGCAAAUCUAAAAGUUUUAUAACAUUAAUAUAACAUUUAGUUGUUAUAAACAAGGAACUACAUUUGUAUACAACGUAGCCUAACACCACACACAAUUCACGUUCGAUGUUCAAACUAUCAACUAAAACACGAGGUGCAAAAUAAUUGCUUCUUUGUUGUAAUAUGUGGUUAUUUCGUGACUAAAUAACAAUAACAAUUUGGAUUUGAUCUAAAUAUUCACAUGUAAAUUUUGAAUUUGGAAAGUGGCACCAAAGAAUUAUGAGGCAAAGUUGUUCGAACGAGAGAAAGACAUUUGCUGGAGAAGUUAGCCAGGACAACUCAUUUUAUAAAGUUUUAAAAAAUCUGGGAUACUUAUACAUAUUCUCUAAAAAAAACACACUUGAACAAAAUUAAAACUCUUUAUUUGAUUAAAAAAUGUUUCCAAAUAAGCAAGAUAUUGAUAUUUAAAAAAAUCGGAACUAGAACUUCUUGUCCGUCAGUUUUUGACAAUAAACACACUAUCGUACUUCCACACAUGUAUUGAAGGAUAUUUGUGCAUAUAGUACCCAAUGUUAACAAUUGCAUUUAACAUGUUAUUUUACAAGCUAAAACUGUAUCAGUUUCUAAAUAAUUUCUUUCUAAUUGUCUAUUAACUUGUAGGUGUAGAUCGCCUGAUCACCUGAGUAUUUCCCAUUAUACCAUGACGGGUAUUCAGGAACCUGAAAUGAACAGUGUAUUGUUUUUGUUUCACAAUGACAUACAUGUUAAUGAUGUUUUAAUGGACACAACUUGUUGGCUUGAAUGUUAAAUAAAUUUAGAAGAUUAUAUAAAAAGAAUAUAGUAUAAUUAUA